AUGGCUGGACAAAGCAACUUGCCUCCUCUAGCCCCUGCACCUGAAAACCAAGGCCUGGUCAUUACCAGAGACAGUGAAGUCAAUCUGGAUGGCUAUUUCUUCAAUAAUCUAACAGCAGCUAUGGAAUACAUUGAUAAUCAAGCUCCACACCAUCACUACAGCCUACAGAUCAAGCUAAUGAAUGCACUGAUGCAAGUGACUGACAUGAUUACUGACUUAGUGGCCCAUUUCUAUCAAUAUGUCAAAAGAUCCAAAGCUUGGCAACACAUUACACACACCAAUUUAAAAGCCAAUUUUCAUGAUGCUUGA